AAAAAACUGGCAAUUAGCUGACCGAAGAUAUAUUUUGUAAAUUCUCUAAAACCUCCGAAACAAAUGGAAGUUUUGAGACACCUCAACAUUGGCAUCUGUACUCCGUCGCUGUUAUCACCACCACCACCACCACUGCCGCCGCUACUGAUCACCAGAAAGCUCCCAAAACCCAACGCUGUCAGCGGCAGCGCUAGCAGCAGCAGCAUCCCAAACAGCUUCUCCUCCGCCACCAGUAAAUGGGCCGAACGACUUUUCGCCGACUUCCAAUUUCUCCCUUCCACCAACGUCACUGCCGACCAUUCCGACGACAAUUCCGCCACCGCCACUCUCGCUCCUCCAUUUACUACUCCUACACUGGCCCCAACCGAGCGCUCCGUAGAAAUGCCCAUUGAUUUUUACAGAAUUCUCGGCGCUGAGGCUCAUUUCCUCGGCGAUGGAAUCAGAAGAGCUUACGAAGUUAAGGCUUCCAGACCGCCGCAGUAUGGUUACAGCCAAGAUGCUUUAGUCAGCCGACGGAUGAUCCUUCAAGCUGCUUGUGAAACCCUAGCAAAUGCUAGCUCUCGAAGAGAGUAUAAUCAGGGGCUUGCGGAUGAUGAAUUUGGUACUAUUAUCACUCAAGUACCUUGGGAUAAGGUUCCGGGAGCAUUGAGUGUGUUGCAAGAAGCAGGGGAGACUGAAGUAGUACUUAAAAUUGGGGAGAACUUGUUGAAAGAAAGGUUGCCGAAGUCAUUCAAGCAAGAUGUCUUAUUGGCAAUGGCACUUGCUUAUGUCGACUUUUCAAGGGAUGCUAUGGCUCUGUCACCUCCAGAUUUUAUUACAGGUUGUGAACUCCUUGAGAGGGCAUUGAAGUUGUUGCAGGAAGAAGGAGCAAGUAGUCUUGCACAAGAUUUGCAAGCACAGAUUGAUGAGACGUUGGAAGAAAUAAGCCCGCGAUAUGUUCUUGAACUCCUGGCUUUACCCCUUGGUGAGGACUUUUGCACAAAAAGGGCGGAGGGUCUACAAGGUGUGCGCAAUAUUUUAUGGGCUGUUGGAGGAGGAGGUGCUGCUGCCAUUUCUGGGGGGUUUACUCGUGAAGGUUUUAUGAAUGAGGCGUUCCUGCGUAUGACAGCAGCAGAACAGGUUGAUCUAUUUGUUGCCACACCAAAUAAUAUUGCACCAGAAAAUUUUGAAGUCUAUGGAGUGGCACUUGCACUUGUUGCUCUGGCUUUUGUGGGUAAGAAACCUCAUUUGAUCCAGGAUGCUAACAACCUUUUUCAGCAACUUCAACAGACCAAGGUUACUGCUCUUGCAAAUUCCAUGACCGUCUAUACUGUUAGGGAGAACCGCGAAAUAGACUUUGCAUUGGAAAGGGGUCUCUGUGCACUUCUUGUAGGAGAAAUUGAUGAAUGUCGCAUGUGGUUAGGAUUGGAUUCUGAGAGCUCUCCUUAUAGAGAUCCAUCCAUAGUUAACUUUGUCCUUGAACACUCCAAAGAUGACCAGGAAAAUGAUGUUCUUCCUGGGCUUUGUAAGCUGUUGGAAACAUGGCUGAUGGAGGUGGUAUUUCCCAGGUUUAGGGAGACCCAGCAUAUAAAAUUCAAGCUAGGAGACUAUUAUGAUGAUUCAACGGUCUUGAGGUAUUUAGAGAGGUUGGAGGGACGUGGUCGUUCACCAUUGGCUGCUGCAGCAGCCAUAGCAAAACUGGGGGCUGAAGCUACUGCUGUGCUUGAUAGUGUAAAGUUUAGUGCAAUUCAAGCACUGCAGAAGGUGUUCCCUCUUGGUCCAAGUGACAGGAGUGUGAAAACUGAUGAGGAAUUCGAGAUAAAAAAUUCUGAAGUUGCCGGAGAAAGUGAGGAGCCUACAAGACCUAACAAUUGGGAUGAUUCCUCCAAUACUGGAGUAUUACCUGAUAGACAAGAAUAUGAUGAACUACAUGAACAGGAGCAGAUAACUGAGGAAAUAAAAGAGACAAUCGUGAAGAUUAUGUGUGCUGGAGUAGCUGUUGGUUUGCUUGCUCUGUUUGGGUUGAAGUUCAUUCCAAGUAGACAUGGCAUGUCAACUCUGCGCAAAGAUGCUGGUUCAGCUAUUGAAUCUGACGUCAUCAAUGUGGGGGCAUCAGUAGAUGAAAAGGACGUAAAAAUACCUAGGAUGGAUGCCAGGUUGGCUGAAAAUCUAGUUCGCAAGUGGCAAAAUAUCAAGUCCGAAGCUCUUGGACCUGAUCAUUGUCUUGAAAAAUUGUCAGAGGUUCUGGAUGGGCAAAUGCUGAAAAUUUGGACAGACCGUGGAGCAGAGAUUGCGCAACACGGUUGGUUUUGGCAACACAUGCUAUUGAACCUUAACAUUGACAGUGUAACAGUUUCUGUUGAUGGUCAGCGUGCAAUUGUGGAAGCCACUCUUGAGGAGUCAGCUCAGCUCACUGAUGUGGUCCAUCCAGAACACAAUGAUUCUUAUAAUUCUAUUUACACAACAAGGUAUGAAAUGUCAUGUACAAAAUCAGGCUGGAAAAUCACAGAAGGAGCUGUCCUAAAAGCAUGAUUUGGAAUCUGUAUAGUGAUGAAUUCUUUAAUGUAAAUGUUGCUGAACUCAUGGAGUUGAAUUAGUUCUCUGUUUUUGGUGGAUUGAGUAUUAAAGUUUUGCCACUAUUGUUGAUUCUUUUGCUGGCUCAACACAAAUAUUCGGUAAUAAGCAUAGAACGAAUGUUGCUUAUAACUCUUUGUAUUUGGAAACUGCUGACAUGUUGGCUUUUGGCUGAGCUGUAGUAGAAAGAAUCUCCCUGAAUGAUAUGGACUUUAUCUUAA